UGAGUAUCUCUUACAAAUUUCUAUUAUUGUCGUUUCAGGAAAAGAAUGUUCCUCAAUCGAUUGAUGCUCAUUUGUCUGGUUGCAAUAUUUUUUCCUGCCUACUUACAAUGCGAAAACGUUUGUCAGAAAUCUAACACAGUCAACUUUAAUGAGUUUAAACUUCUUGCUCCUGGCGUUCAAGACAUAACUUGGUAUGAAGGCUACUAUUAUAUGAUGUUCCUCUUUCCCAAUCGCCCUGGUAAAAAAUCAUGUAGGAAACUCAGAUCCAUAAAUAAAGUUUUCGAGGAAUUUAAAUCACCAUUUAAUAUCACAUUUUACGGUGCAAACUACAGUAUGCUGCAGGUGUUUCGAGAUGGUGAGAUACAUAUUUUAGGCGUAUCAUAGUUGAUUAUUGUAAGGCUUGGUUUCAUCGUUGAUAAUUGUUAUUAAGUCAUUAUGUCAGUGUUUUACCAUUUUUGACCUUUCAUGUAAAAAAUAUCGUAUGCGAAGAAUGUGAAAACUCUUGUUGCUUCCGG